CGAAAUAACCGUAGGAAAGGCGGAAUCACGGAGGGCCGCCCCGAGGUGGUGGUGGAUGUAAACAAUGGCCACGGGCGCCCACUUGCUCCUCGCUCCUGUGUUAUUUUGAUCGUGUUCCCCCGCAGAGAGCCCAGGCCGGGUGAUUCUGUCCUCACGAGAUGUCAGACUCGGAGCAGCAGGGGCAGGACGGGGGUGUGGGUGGUAACAGUGGUGGUGAUGGUGGUGGCGGUGGAGGGUGCAGCACCACGGGGGAGCGGCUGCGCGAGGAGUACCGGCGGCACGUACAGACCCAGCUGUCACACGACCUGGUUGACGCCAUCGGUAGCCUGCAGCAGCACCAGCACCACCUCCAGCAACUCUCCCAGCAGCUGGAGCAGGCCACCACACAGGUGAGGAGCAGUGCGGAGGAGACCAAGGCCUCCAUCAACGCUGCGCUCGACUCCUUUCUCGCCACCGUGCACGAGGCCGUGGCUCUGAGGCGGCAGCAGUUACUGGAUGAGGUGGCAGAGGUGGAGGAGGAGGCGCUGGGGCCGCUGGAGCAGUGCGGGCGGGAGCUGGCGGGGCGCGUGGGUGAGGCGGCCGAGCGGGUGGCACAGGGCCAGCGCCUGCAGCGGCACAGCGGCGUGAUGGCGCGUGACACAGUGCUGCGCUUCCAGGAGGAGGCCGCCGCCAUGACCAGCCUACCAGAAGUGCCAGCAUUGUGUGCGGUGCCGAGUGUGAGUGUGGAGUUCCCCCGAGAGCCCACGCUGGGGGAGGAGGUGCGGGAGCUGGUGGGGAGGGCGGGCAGGGUAUCGCGCAUGGGGCCUGUACAGAUCACCAACAUUGUGGAGCAACCUGGUGCCCUGCUGGUGUCCUGGGAGGAGGUGGAUGAGGAUGUGUCAGACGAGGGCCUUGAGUUCUGCCUUGAGCUCAGCAACACAGGUGCCACCGACCCCCACAGUGCCAUCUUCUCCCGCAAGUACGAGGGGCCCGACUACUCCUUCCUGCUGCGGGACCUGCGAGCGGGCGAGAGCUACCUCCUGCGGGUGGCGUCGCGGCGGGAGGGCGCGGCGUCCUUCGGGCCCUGGAGCCUCGUGCAGACGGCCUCCACCAGCCUGCCGCACUUCAAGUGGAGCACCAGCAGUAACAGCGGAUGGAGUGUGGCUGACGAGGGGCGGCUGGCGUGCAAGAUGUCAUGUGAGCCGGAGGUGCUACACUCCGAGGCGCUGCUGCUCAAGCCUGGCUCCUCGGUCCUCUUCAAGAUCCUGAGUGGUGGUGGCGGCUGCAGCGAUGAGGGUCUGGGUCUCAGCUGUGCCCCCGUGUCUGGUCCAGAACACCUCCUGCUGCCCGGCACUCUCUUCCUCAGCGCGCAGGGCUGUGUGUUCCUGGAUGGGGUGAGCCGCGUCACCCGCCUUCCCCCGAUACAGGACAAGUCGCAGGUCAGCUUUGCCGUGGAGAAAGUGUCCUCCAGCAAAGUGCGAGUCUACAUCGAGAGCCAGGAGAAGCAGGUGACAUACGAGUGGGGUGUGCCAAGUGCCCAGGACGGCCUCUACUUUGUGGCGUCCUUCGGGGAGCCGCGCUGGAGGAUCAGUGUGCAUUAGGGUGUGUUGCGGCCCAUGUGUGUGUGUGUGUGUGUGUGUGUGUUUGUGUGUUGGCUAGGGUGAUUUCUAUUCCUUGGGUGUGUGUUGCAUAGGGUGAUGUUUGGGUGAUUCUCUUCCUAGGGUGUAUGUGUUGGUCAGGGUGACUUUGGGUGAUUCUCUUCCUAGGGUGUGUGUGUUGGAUAGGGUGAUAUUUGGGUGAUUCUCUUCCUAGGGUGUGUGUUGGUUAGGGUGACUGGGUGAUUCUUGUUCCCUGUUUCAUGCAUACUUUUGAACACCUCUGUCAUGUCACCCUGCCUCCUCUGCCUUCUCACCCUGUUCUUCACCCUUUUCCUCACCCUUAUUGCCCUUUGCCUCUUUUCCUCACCCUUCUCUCCUCUGAUUUCUCACCCUUUUCCUUGCCUAACUCACCCUGUUCCUCACCCUUCUCACCCUGCCUCCUCACCCUAAUCACCUUUUUCCUUCCCCUAUGUAUCCUUUCCACCCUGUUCAUCCCCUUCCUGACCCCUAAUCACCCUGUCUUCCCUGCUUUCUCACCCUCCUCUGCACUCUUAUCACCCUUCUCCUCACCCUUUUCCAUUUGCCGGAUUGUGUGAGUUUUGACGCCAGAUGUUUGAUUGAAUGGGAGACUUUCAUUCUUGCUUAUAUGUUGUUGUUUUUCUCUCUCUCUCUCUCUCUCUCUCUCUCUCAUUCUUCUUCCCUUCGCUUUCCCUCCUUCCCUUCCCUUCCCUUUCCCUCUCUCCUUCCCACCCUCUCCUCUCCCCCUCCCUCCCUACCUCCUUUUACCCCAUGACAAGACUUACUCAGUGCCAUGUAUUUUAAUAUUAAUCAGGAAUCUCUUAUCAUCACCAUCAUCAUCAUCACUUUCAUCACUAACUGCUACCUCACUAUACCUCCUAAUUCCACCACUCCCUGCCUCAUCACCAUAAACAUUUUCUUUUCACUCUCCAUCAUCAUCAUCAUCACCAUCAUCGUCACCACUUCAGUAAUCUCGGUGCAGGAUGGAAGGACGAUGAGAGAUAGAGAUAGAGAAAUGGAAGGGGGUUGGGGGUGGGUGGGGGAUAAGGGGAGGGUUGAAUCACUUGACGGAACGGACUUAUUCUGUUUCGAGUGCGACUUUGUUUGUUUGUUUGUUUGUUGUUAUUGUGAGUGUGUUUGUUUGUGCGUCUAAAGAAAGAAAGGCUGAUGUAUGUUUUUUUUAUUUCUUUUUAUAAUUUCAUUUGUUUAUUUAUUUAUAUUUAUUAUUAUUAUUAUUUUUUGUGUUGAGUGUUUUUAGACGUCGGAAGAAAACACGAAACUGACUCGGUGAAACAUUCCAUAGCGACGAAAGAAAAAAAAUGAAGUAUAUAUUUAUGUAAAAAAAAAGGGAGAAUCAAUUAAUACACACAGUAAUGACAAGUAUUUAAGUCGCAUAAUAAUUCAGCGAUAGUAAUAUAAAUAAUGAACAAAAAAAAAUUGCUUAGUAGGUAGUGAAAAAGAU